AUGGGUCUCACAUGUAGCUAUGAAGCAGCACUGAUCUGGGUCAAGCAAGAUGGCAGUCACGACAUCUCAUCUGAGAGACGAUACAGAUCCUGCGAGGAGACAUGGAAAAACAUUCCGAUUCUCGAUUCAGACACCGUGGACGGCCUGAUAUCACAGUGCGACCCAGAACAUGCGACAGAGUCUAUCAGCGACUUCAAGGUUGUCUUCCAUGUUCCAGACUACAAUCCAUUCACGGCAUUUCGAUCAAGCGAGCAACGGUCCAGGCAUGCUCUGUUGUCUGCCAGCCGUAUCCCCAACCUGGAACAUGAUCCUCUCAGCCCAACACCUCUCACUCAGGAGGAAAGGAUGCUUUUCCAUCACUAUGUGAAUCACGUCGCCAUCAUCAUGAUGCCAUUUGAACAUCCGAGAAAUCCGUGGAAGUCUUCGUACCCUGCCAGGGCUCUACAUCACACGUUACCCACACAAAGGUCACUAUUCAAUGCCCUCUUGGCUCAUGCUGCUUUCAAUUUGGCUCAUUUGACCUCUUCUAACAACGAAAACAUGGCAAGAGCCUCGAAGUAUUAUGGCCUCUCUAUUAAACAACUACUUGACAGUCUAAACAGAAACACAGAGCCGGAUACCGAUACCUUGGCUGUGGUAAUGACUUUGAUGAUGGCUGAGCUAUACAGCGGCCAGUCUAGGAACUGGAGGCACCACUUUCGAGGCGCAUGGGAUGUCUUCUGGAAGUACCAGGCUCAAAGGCCGUGGGAAGAUUCGGACUUUGCCUGCGCUUCCAUACAAAGCCUGAAUAUAAUUGGUAUUAUCAGUGACACAAGCCGACUCGCAUACGACGCCGAAGACGGACAAGAUAAGUUGCAUAGGCAGUUAUCUGACAGCGACGCAUUUGACAGAAAUUCAUCUCAAACAUUUAGCCAGGAGUCCUUCUCCGUUAUUAAAUCAACUCACGAGUUUGGAUUCACGAUUGGUGCCACACAGGAAAUUUUAGAAUGCAUAUCUUGCAUUUCAGAUAUGAACCGAGACAGCGACAGCAGCGAAGUAAUGGAAGACCGCUGCCAAGGACUAUUAAGCUUACUCAAUGUCUGUCGGUCCAACCUCGCAAACCAGGCCUCAAGUGGAAGUGCGAUCCUCAAUCCUGCCGCUCAUUAUCAGCUUGGAGCCUUCGUCAAUGCAACCUUUAUCUACUUUUAUCGAACAUUAUUCGACUUGCCUCCUGGAAAGCUGGAAAAUUACGUCAUUGAAACCCUCGAAAACGUCAACCUUUUUAUGUCUCACGGCUAUGGCAAUAUGUCCCUCUGGCCAGCUUUCAUUGCCGCAGUCGAGGCAUCCUCGGAUGGAGUUAUGUCGAUGGCACGGACGUGGUUAGAGGCUGCUAUAACAGUUGGGAUGGGCAGUCGAUUCACGGUCAAGAAAGUUGUCGACGAGGUCUGGCGGAAAAGAGAAGUUGCUUCUCGUAAGCUAAACCUUGACAGACAGCUUAUUGCGGUGGAUUGGAGAGAGGUCAUGAAGGAGCUGAAUGUGGAUGUCUUAUUGGUCUAA